AUGGACCAAUUUGAGUCUACAACAUCGAGUGAGAAGAAUGUGUGUACAGAUGGCUAUCCAACAGCAUGGUAUGCACCGACGCCUCUUACCUACAACACUCCAUUCAUGUCACCAUUUCCUUCCUUCAACCAAUAUGAUAUGACUGGAUACCCUACUGGCACAGCUCAAUGGCCAACACCACCAACAUACAACGACCUAGCCAUCCUCCCAGCAAGCCAUACAAACAACAGCCUGAUCGAGAGACCUCGCAGCAGCCCCAGCACAUUUGGACCUUCGCCCAAUGAGAUACUAUGGCCGGAAAACCCACUGGGCAUUCGGUUCCCAAUGACUGAGCCUCAGAUGGUCCCGGCUACGACUGGUGUUCUCACAGAGACUUAUCAAACUCCUGCAGCAGAGUUCACUACUCCAAGCCCACCACAGAGGCGUAGCUCAGCAGACACUCAACGCUACUACCCCUCAAUCGCUCCCAACCCUGCCGGGCUUGUCUCNAAAACGCCGUCAAGAACAGGGAAGAUGAGGGAGGCCCUGCUCCGCUCAAACUCCAAGCGCCGCAAGCGCACACCAUCGCUCGAGCUUCUCAACGACGAAGAGCGUCUUCUGAUCACCCUGAAAGAAGACGAAGCCCUACCAUGGAAGGAGAUCGCUGCUCGCUUCAGCAACCAACUGGGUCAGUCAAUCACCAUUGCUACACUGCAGAUGCGGUACCUUCGCCUGAGACAGCGAUUCCGAAAUUGGGAGGAGCGCGACAUUGAGGCGUUGAGACAAGCACACGAGUACUGGGAGAAGUGCAAGUGGGACAUUAUCAGUGCAAAGAUGCUUGAAUUUGGCGUUGACGAGAAAUGGCCUUCAAGACACUGCGCCCGCAAGUGGGCGGAUAUCGCGCCUCAGCAUAUGCACACUAGGGGCCAGACCCCUCAGCAGCACACGCCUUCGUCACAUCAACACACUCCGACACCUCACUAUGCCACCAUGGCUGAAGGCUAUCAAAACUACGGAUACGCCCUCUCUCUUUGA